CGACUGAACAUGCAAACGUGGCCAAAUAAGUGUCCCCUCAUGCUCCUCCAAGUGGAGCGCGACAGUCCCAUCGUCCAGUCUCUCAAGCCACCAAUUCCGCACAUUCCCCUUCAGCUCUCCUUCGAGAAUGGAGCGCAGGAGGCGGCUAUUGCCAAUUAUCUCCGAUGGCACACUGACAGCGCCUUGACUCUGGGCAUUAUCUCCUCCCUGCCCAACCUCAACACUCCCGUGCCCUCGGGGAUUAUCGCCUUCGCCUGCCUUUACCUCGCAAAAGGCAGUCGGAUUGGUGUGAAAACUGUGGUUGGAAUGCCCUUGUCUAAUCUGCUGUACAUCGGUCUCUUUUGCCCCUCAACUUCUAACAUGCUACGUCGGCUUUCGGUUGGCGAAUUGGGCCAUAGGGAGCUCUUUCCAUUACUUUGUCAUCUGGUAAAAUUUACCCUCAUACUGACCUCAUUAGUGGCAUAUUCUCACCAAAUUACAAGCGGAGUCGAACAGUUGCUGUUGUGA